AUGCUCCGUGCUGCCUCUAACUUCCGCGCCGUCGCCAAUCGUGGUCUUGCCGCCAGUGCAGCUGCUACCAGACCAGGAGUACCAAGAGAUGAGCGUGAAGGAAAGGAAAUCUACACAACCGUUGGAAUCGAUCACAAUGAGCCAAAGUUCGACAAGAUUCUCAUCGCCAACAGAGGAGAAAUUGCCUGCCGUGUGAUCAAGACCGCUAAAGCCAUGGGAAUCAAGACAGUCGCCGUUCACUCAGAUGUCGACAGCAACUCCCUUCACGUCAAAAUGGCCGAUGAAGCUGUCUGCGUGGGAGAGGCUCCAACUGCCAAGUCAUACCUUCGUGUCGACCGUAUCCUUCAAGCCGUCGAAGACACUGGAGCUCAAGCGGUUCACCCAGGAUAUGGAUUCCUUUCGGAGAACACCAAAUUUGCUGCCGAACUCGAAAAGGCUGGAGCCAAGUUCAUCGGACCAAACUCCAAGGCUAUUCUUGACAUGGGAGACAAGAUUCACUCCAAAAAGAUUGCCACCGCCGCUCGUGUCAGCAUGAUUCCAGGAUUUGACGGUGAAAUCGCUGAUGAGGAUAUGUGUGUGAAGGUUUCCCGCGACAUUGGAUACCCAGUCAUGAUCAAGGCUUCUGCCGGAGGUGGUGGAAAGGGAAUGCGUGUUGCCUGGAACGACAGGCAAGCUCGUGAGGGAUACCGUCUGUCAAAGCAAGAAGCUGCUUCUUCCUUUGGAGAUGACCGUAUGCUUGUCGAGAAGUUCAUUGACAAUCCAAGACACAUUGAGAUGCAAAUCCUUUGUGACAAGCAUGGAAACGCUUUGUGGCUCAACGAGCGUGAGUGCUCCAUCCAGAGAAGAAAUCAGAAGGUUAUCGAAGAGGCUCCAUCAAGCUUCGUGCCACCAGAGAUGAGACGUAAGAUGGGAGAGCAAGCCGUUCAGCUCGCUAAGGCUGUCGGUUACGACUCUGCCGGAACCGUCGAAUUCCUUGUUGACUCUCAGAGAAACUUCUACUUCUUGGAGAUGAACACUCGCCUUCAGGUCGAGCAUCCAAUUACUGAAUGCAUCACCGGUAUUGACAUCGUCCAACAAAUGCUUCGCGUCGCCUACGGACACUCGCUUCCAAUCACCCAGGAACAAGUUCCACUUAACGGCUGGGCUUUCGAGUCUCGUGUCUACGCUGAGGAUCCAUACAAGGGAUUCGGUCUCCCAUCUGUCGGACGUCUCUCCAAAUAUGUUGAGCCACGUCACGUCGAAGGAGUCCGUUGUGAUUCUGGAAUCCGCGAGGGAUCUGAAAUCUCCAUCUACUACGAUCCACUCAUCUGCAAGCUUGUCACACACGGAGACAACCGCGAGCAGGCGUUGAACCGUAUGCAGGAGGCUCUUGACAACUACGUCAUCCGUGGAGUUACCCACAACAUUCCACUUCUUCGUGAUAUUGUCCAAGAGAAGAGAUUCCGUACCGGAGACAUCACCACCAAAUACCUUCCAGAAGUCUACCCAGAAGGAUUCCAAGGAACCGUCUUGACAGCAAACGAGCAGGAAACUGUCAUCGCUUUUGCCGCCGCUCUCAACGCUCGCAAGUUGGCUCGUGCCAAUCAAUUCUUGAACCAAGACAAGCAACGCAGCACUCACGUGGCUUCCUUCUCGAAGACCUACAAGUUUGUCUCGUCGCUUCCAGUCAAGGAGGGAGAACGUGCAACAGAGCAUGCCGUUGAGGUGUCAUUUGUCAACGGAGACGCCAAUAAGGCCAAGGUUCUCAUUGGAGGAAAGACUGUCGAAAUCAGUGGAAACCUCAGCUUGUCUCUUCCAGUCAACUCAAUUGAGGUCAACGGAGAGCACAUUACCACUCAAAUCGUUGGAAAGCGUGCCGGAGAGAUUACUGUCCUCUACAAGGGAACUCCAUUCAAGGUGAAGGUUCUUCCUGAACAAGCUGUCAAGUACUUGCAGUACAUGAAAGAGAAGGCCAAGGUUGACUUGUCCACCGUUGUUCUCUCGCCAAUGCCGGGAGCCAUCAAGAACGUCAACGUCAAGCCAGGAGACAUGGUUUCUGAGGGACAAGAGUUGGUUGUCAUGGAGGCGAUGAAGAUGCAAAACAGUCUUCAUGCUGGAAAGACUGGACGCGUCAAGGCUGUCAACGUCAAGGUCGGAGCGACUGUCGACGAAGGAGAGGUGCUCGUUGAGCUUGAGUAA